AUGGAGGCGCUGCAGCAGCCGGUCGCGCCCGCCGCGCCUGCCGUGCGCCCGCUCGUCAACCCCGACGAGUACGGCGAGGUCGACACGUCCAGGUACCCCGCGCCUAAGGAGGCGACGCACAAGGUUCGCGGCCGCAGCGAUGUGCUAGAGCUGAUCUGCGGCGCGGGCACAGUCGACCCGGAGCUGCUCACCGUCAAGACCUUUUACUUCUUCUUCUACUCAGCCUUUGGCUCGCUCUUCCCAUUGAUGGGCGUAUACUUCAAACAGAUGGGAAUGAACGCCGGGCAGUGCGGCCUACUGAUCGGCACAAGACCUUUCGUGGAGUUCUUGUCGGCGCCGUUCUGGGGUGGGCUGGCGGACCGGUGGCAGAAAGGCAGGACGCUUCUGCUGGCGUCGCUCAGCGCGUGGAUCGUGUUCACGCUGCCACUGAGCUGGGUCCAGCCCACCGCGGUGUCGUGCGUGCAGCCUGUCAACGACAGCGUGUACCGGCUCGUGUCGCCACGCUACGACGAAGACUGGCCCACAUCCACGCGCCACUUCCGAAUGCCCGCGGCCGGGCGCGAGGGCUCGCCUCUGCCCGUGUCCGACGCUGAGAACUACAACCCGGACACCAACUCCAACUGGGUGACGCCGCUGCACUCCUACAUCGUGUACAGCACCCCCGACAUUCAGAAGACGUUCUUCCUCCUGUUGCUGUUGGUCGUUAUCGGUGAAUUCUUCAGCGCUCCGGCUAUCACUUUAGCGGAUUCCGCCGUGAUAACUUUACUCGGAGAAGACGCCGACAGGUACGGUCAUCAGCGCAUGUUCGGCUCGCUGGGCUGGGGGCUGGCGAUGUUCUUCGUCGGCAUCGCCCUGGACCACAGCACGGCCUUCAGCACGCACCCGUGCGGUGGCCCGCAGCGCUACGAGAAGAACUACACCAUUUGCUUUGCCACCUUCUCGGUGCUGAUGGGCGCCGCGCUCAUCACCGCCACUCAGAUAAGGUUCAAGUACGAGGCGGUGAGCGUGGAGACGCCGCCGGCCGCCGCGCCCGCCGAGCCCACGCAAGAGGAGCGCCUGCAGGAGCAGCUGGCGGCGCAGCUGCAGCUGCCCGGCCUGGACACCAGCGCGCCGGCCCCGCGCGCGCCCGCUCUGCAACACGCCAAGGUUUUCGCUCAGACGACGCGUGAAAUGCCAGAGUGGGUGACGGUGCUGAAGCAGUUUCAGAACGUGAAGGCCGCCUCGUUUCUACUCGUCGCGUGGUUCAUGGGAUUCGGAAUAGGCCUCAUCUUUACGUUUCUUUUCUGGCAUUUGCAGGACAUCGGCGGUUCGCCCACGCUCUUCGGCGUCGCUUCUGUCAUCAACCACAUCUCUGAAAUCUUCGCCUACUUCUUCAGCUUCAAGCUCAUCACUCAAAUGGGACAUGUCAAAGUUCUAUGCUUGGGCCUCGCGGGCAACGUGGUGCGGUUUCUAUACAUCUCGUGGCUAACACUGCCCUGGUGGGUCCUGCCCUUCGAGUUCGUGCAGGGUGUGACGCACGCCGCCGUGUGGGCCGCCUGCUGCUCCUACAUCGCUCACGGCGCGCCGCCCAACUUGCGAUCCUCUGCGCAGGGCGUCUUGCAAGGGCUGCACCACGGGCUGGGGCGCGGCUGCGGCGCGGUGCUGGGCGGCAUCGCCGUGGCCAAGUGGGGCACGACGCGCACGUUCGCGGGCUACGGGCUGCUGUGCGGCGUGGCGCUGGCCGCCUUCGCCUUCGUGAACUUCCGCGGCGGCGACGCGGACGCGGCGGCGGGCGGCGCGGCGGACGAGGAGGCGCGCGCCGUGGCGGAGGCGGGCGUGCUGGCGCCGCACGGCGUGCCCGCCAACCCGCUGCCGCGCGCGCUGUCCUCCACGCGCCUGGCCGACCUGGCGCCGCGCGACAACUACGGCGCCACGCAGAGCUACAGCGGCGUGGACAGCCUGAGCGUGCCGGGCGCGGCGCCCGCGCGCCCCGCCAACCCCUUCCUGGCGGAGCAGUCCUUCAGAUAA